CUUUUCGCGUCUCAGCUGGCCUGGAGCCCCGUGUCUUGCACAGGCGCUUCUUCACUUGAUGUCUGCAUCGUUAUUGUCACUCCUUUAUAGCUUUGUACAGUAGUGCUUUUGUCAUUCGUAUACUCACCUUUUGCUGGUCCUUCUUUCCUUUUUGAGCAACGUUCCUCCUUGUCCUCGCCCUACGAACUACGGACCCUCCGCCUGACGUCUUGUCUUGCCUUCGAUUGAAAAGUGACACAAACCAGACAAACCGAUCCCAAUCUUCUACCAGCCUGACCGAGCCCGUCUCUUGAGUUGCGGCCUCAUUUGACGCUCUUGGGAUCGCCUCUUCCUUCGAGAAUUUCCCUUCAGACAAUACCAGUCCUCCAGCAUCACGAGCAAAGAUGAGGCUCCAACUAGACCAAUUCGGUCAGAUCAAGAACUACAUUCAUAUGGGCCAGGCAGCCAUUCUCUUCCUUGCCUGGGUUCUUACAAUCGCCUUACUGACAAGGCCUGGCACGACGGAUGGCCGAGUCGGCUGGUACUUUGGCUUGUGUUGGCUCACGAUCCCCAUCCUGAUUUACCUCGUGAUGGUCCCCAUGUGGUCCCGCGCCCGCCGCUUCUCCAACGUCUACGCCUUCGCCGCCUUGGACUCUCUGGCCGUGAUCCUCUGGCUGAGUGCUUGGGCUGCCGUCGCCAGCUAUGUCUCUGCGGGAAAGGGCAAAGGGAAGAGCACAGACAAGAAUGCAACGGGCUGCGAUAACUUCAAGUACGGCAGUCCCGGGCGCUGCAAGCUGUCGGAAACAAUCAUCGUGUUUGGCGUCUUUGAAAUGCUGCUGUUCAUCGCCACGGCAAUUAUCUCAUUUCGAGCCGUCAUGUCGUUCAAGAGGACAGGCAUGAUGCCUCAGAAUCUCCCCGCUUCUGGAGGCAAGAACGACUUCUCUGCGCAGACGCAGGAUGAUUUCUCGAGUAAUAUGCGGAACGAUGACGAAGACUUCGAUGAGCACCCGGGCGUGGGUGGAAGGCAGGAAUAUGCAUACCAGAAACCUUCACUCGAUGAUUCAUAUGCCCCGAUCCGCCAGAGCGAUCACGACAAUGAUCUUGCACAGAUGCCCGCCGCGCAGCCGACAAGCCCACUGAACCAAACCGGGCUGGGGAUUCAUGACUACAACACGAGUUACAACCCCGGGGCGUACAGUAGUCAGAGUCAACCUAUGAUGGCAGGGCGAUAACGAGUCUCAUUGCUUGUAUUCUUUUUCUUUUCUGUGCUCAAUACAACCAUAUGCCUGGGAACGGUGUUGAUGUAAAGACAUUGUUGCUCCUUCCAUGUGACGACGGUCGAAGCGUUCGAGCGUUUCUUCUCAUCUUGCUUUCGGUUUACAGGGGUGGCUUAGUACGUCUGGGAUAAUUUGGAAUCCUGAAUAGACUAGAAGGAAAGGAAUUUGUUAUUACGACGGCAAGGGAAACCGCCACGUUCAAGGGGAAACGAUGCCCACGUUUCAAACACCAUGACGCAUGCUCCGAUGUCCCCUUGCAAGAGAUUCCCCAGAGCUAACACCCGAUACCCAGUAUACUCCGUAGUUUCGCUCUGCGCGGGUCUCGAGCAUGUAGUCGGUGCAAGAGGUACAUACUCCGUACAUGGCGUGGCAUAGUCCCCGGAUUUCUGGUCUGGUUCUGGACAAGGGGAAGGGAAAGGGGGUAUGUGCUCAGGUAUCUAGAAGUAGGUACCUCGUAAAUAGUACCCGGGUACGGAGUACUCGUUUACCUACCG